CACCUCACUCUACUACUUGUCAACCUGGGCCCCCGACUCACAUCCUCUUAUGCUUCUUCGCGCAACAUGUAAGGUCCCACAUUAGCACCCAAUGACCCGACUGCUGCACUCGAGGACUACAAAGCAUGACUUCAACCACUUCUACGCCGACGCCGCCCGAUGCCAUGGCCGAGGAAGAGGACAACGGCGCCGAUCUGCCCAUGACCAUGGCGGCGUCCGUCAUCCUUGAACAUCUACCCAAGGACGCCCACGCGGCACUCGAGACGGCGGGUGAGCUAAAGGAUGCCAACGGCCAAGUGAAGAGCAAAGUGAAGGUGCGCCUCUCGCCCUUGCCCAACACCAAGGCGCUGCGCACCCCCGUCUUCAACUGCGGGACGGCGCAGCGGUUUGAAUUUGUGGUGCGGUUCUUGCGGAAACGAUUGCAGCUCAAGGACCACGAGAGCGUCUUUUGCUAUGUCAAUUCCGUCUUUGCCCCGGGCUUGGACGAGGGCGUAGGGAAUUUGUGGAGGUGCUUCAAGGUCGGGGACGAGUUGGUGGUGAGUUACAGCGUUACGCAGGCUUUUGGAUGAGGACGGUGCACAUUCGGUACAAGGGCCGUUCUCAUAGCGGCAAGCAGUGGAUGGUUCGUUAAGAUGACAAAUGACGGCUCUCAUGAUGAUGGAUGAAUUAAGAACUGGCCG